CAUAAUUUUCUCCAGAAGUGAGAGGAAAGGAGUCACCAAUGGAUUCCACUGCAGCAUCUGGGCUUCGUCCAGUCUCGAAUCUGCGGACUCGAGUCGGUCCAACCACGAUCCUUUUCACCGGCAGGCUGAGCAACUGGUUUCGCCGCCUGAUUGCCCACCUGGUGACUUGGAUCUACGAUUACUUCUGCCCGGGGCCUAGGUGGUAUCGCGAUGUGCCCUUGUCGCCAAUAUCCAAUGGCAGACUGAAGGCUGUGGGUCGAAAGACUCUGGUGCUGGACCUGGAUGAGACUCUGAUCCAUUCCGGCGCAGUCAGUCAGGCGGUGCCGGAUUUUAUAGUCAACGUUAAUAUCGGCGGAGGCACCGCUAAGACGAUACCCAUUCGGGUCUUCAAGCGGCCACAUGUCGACUUCUUUCUGGGGUUGGUGUCCAAGUGGUAUGACCUGGUCAUCUAUACGGCCAGCUUGGAGCAUUAUGCCGACCAGGUGGUGGAUCACCUGGACGGCGGACGCGGUAUGCUGAGCCAUAGACUCUAUCGCCAGCAUUGCUGCCCGGACAGGCAUCUGAGCAAGGAUCUCAAGCGGAUUGGGAAGGACAUGGGGAGCAUCUUCAUCUUAGAUAACCAACCAAAGGCUUAUGUCCAUUUCCCCGAAAAUGCCUUGCCCAUUAAGAGCUUCCUGUACGAUCCGGAGGACACAGAGUUGCUGAAGCUACUGCCAUUCCUUGAUGCUUUGCGUUUCACCAAGGAUGUAAGAUCAGUUUUGGGUCGGCGUUACUAGGUUUACCUUCUUUUAUAUAUAUAUUUUCCCAUUUUUUUUGUUUUUGUAACUUUUUAAACACGAAAUAAUUUUGUUAACUAAAUGGGAAGGCCCAAAACGAAAUGACUUUGACCUGUUAGUGUUCAAGUUGGUGUAGAAGCUGGCCAGACAGC